AUGUUAUCAUCCAGCCCAGCCGUACCUCUAUCGUCUAUCUCAUUCGGAGACGGGCAUGGACGACGACUAUCCCUAGUCACUGCCUCAGGCCAGGAACUGUUCACCGCCCGAGACGGCUUGCCUUCACCCGAACAUCUCACACCUAUCACAGGAGCUUCUACACCCAACAACCUCAGUGAGCCGCCCAGUCAACCAUUAAGUAGAAGACCGAGUGUGGGCAACGAAGAGUUUCAUGAUGAACCUCAAGAUGUACCGCUCGGUGCGGAACCGCAAUAUGAGAAAUAUAAAGAACUCGAUAGUACCUCGUUAAGAAAGGUGCCGAGUAGAGGUGGGAUUUGGCACGAGGUAGAAGAACCUAGAGCUCCUAACGUAUCUCAACCAGCUCUCGCACUUCGAAGUCGAUCUUCAUCUCCCCCCGUUGACAAAACAGACGUGGAACAAUGGCAUGCCGCUCAUCGACGUCCAACUGUACCUUCCAACCUAUCUUUCACUCCUGCUACUCCCAACGCACCUUCCCCCGCACCAUCCUUACCAGCUGGACAGCAGGAUGCCCACCUCACCGCUGAUAGUCAUAGAGCACCUCAGGUGUCAAAGACUGCUCCCUCAAGUCCUCAUGUUUCACCCAAUGCCACACGACACCCUAAACAUCAUGCUGGACCAUUACAUGAUCUACGUCGAUUCCUAAACCAUCAUAUCGGACAUCACGAUCACAAAUCCAAGCAUCUCCCUUCUGGCGAGAACGGAUCGAUAGCCGCUCAAGCUAUCCAUUCCCACAUGAACGAAACUCCCGGACCGUCCGUCCCUGGAUCGCCUACCCAUGGAGGAGUCGCUACACCCGCUAUGCAACGUCGAGGAAGUGGCUUCAACGGUCUCGCUGCGCCCGGCGCUGCUCCUAGUGGAACCACCACUGGUCAAAGCACUCCUGCGACGACUCGGCACGAUAACAACCAUGAUAAACAUGGUGCGCAUACUUCCCAUUUGAUGGGAUUCAUGAGACAUCAUCAUAGGGAUAACGAGGGUGAGAAAUCGCAUUCGUCAUUGGCGAGCUUCUUCGGUCAUCAUAAUGAUAAACAUAAAGAGAAGAAAUCCAAGAAAGAAAGCAAAACACCUACGGAAUCUCGAGCGACUAGUGCCGCGCCAAGUAGAGUUAAUACAGCAUCAUUCCAAAUGACAGAAGCUGAACAUGCCCCAACAGGUGGUGCUUCCUUACCCCCUUCAAGAGGUAUAUCACCACCUGAUACUCCCGAUAUCUCUACUCCCAAGAAUGCCUCUGAGUAUCCUGGUGUACCUCACCCUGUCGUUGCUCUUACCCACCCCUCAUUGCACGAGGCGACGCACGCUCACCUCUCGAAGAAAUACGGUAAAUGGGGUAAAGUCCUGGGAUCAGGAGCGGGCGGUACCGUAAGAUUGAUCAAAGCCAAUUCCAAGAAUGGUGGUUCCACUUAUGCCGUCAAGGAGUUUAGACCCAGAAGACAAGGUGAGACGGAAAAGGAAUAUCAGAGAAAGGUCACCGCGGAAUUUUGUGUCGGUGUGACGCUUAGACAUAUCAAUGUGAUCGAGACGGUGGACAUCGUCAAUGAUCACGGUCAUUUCUAUGAGGUCAUGGAAUACGCUCCAUACGAUUUGUUCUCCGUCGUCAUGUCAGGCAAGAUGUCGCGACCGGAAAUCUACUGUGUCUUCCGACAAAUCAUCGAUGGUGUCAACUACCUACAUUCUAUGGGUCUCGCUCAUCGAGAUCUCAAACUGGACAAUUGCGUGAUGACUCAUGAUAACAUCGUCAAAUUGAUCGAUUUCGGUACUGCGACGGUAUUCCAUUAUCCGGGUAAACACCAGAUUCCAGCAUCAGGUGUUGUCGGUUCGGACCCGUACCUCGCACCUGAAGUCUUGAAUAAAGAGUCGUACGAUCCUCGACUCACCGACGUUUGGUCCGUGGCUAUCAUCUUCAUGUGUAUGAUCCUCCGACGUUUCCCUUGGAAGAUCCCAGAUUACAAGACCGACAUGUCCUAUCGACUAUAUGUCAAUACUCAUCCUGAACUGUGUACGAAACCGCCUGUUCCCACACCUGCACCAUCAGUUGCGAAUGGUCAUGAAGGUCUGAGCAACAAAGUAGGAGGUACUCAUGGUUUGCUCAAUGACGGAUCGAGUACGCUACCCUUCCGAUCGACAUCGAUGGUAUCUAACGCUAGUACGGCGGUCGAGACGAAGGCUUCCCCCGACUCACCUCAAAAACCUGGUAGAGCCGAGUCUUGCGCUACGGCUACGUCAUCGUCGUCUGAUGAAGGAGGUGUGGGCGGUGGAAUACAACAGCUAAACCUCAGAGACGGAGAUGAAGAGAAGAAGGAUCGAUCUGACCUGAAUUUCCCUCGACGAAGCGAUUCGGUCGUCUCCGUUCCUGCGUCAAGAUACGCUACUUCCAGUGCUUUACCUACCAACGCUCAGCCUAAACGACAAGGAACUCAUCCGGUACCUUCCUCGCCUGCUAUGGGUAUGGAUAAACUAUCGGUGCCGGACAAUGAAGGGUUCAAGGGAGGUAGGAAUCGAGCUGUUUCCUCACCUGCUUCACCACCUACUACGCCAGGUGUUAACGAACCUCAUCGAAAUCCUUUCGGAGCGGCUGGUCAGGGUAUGUCAACAGCUACCGACAACCACAAUAACAGUAAUGUUAGGGCGGAGCAGCAAGCUAAGAGGGAAAGAGCCGCUAGUAUAUCAUCGACCAGGACAUUCCAAUCGGGAGGAGCGGAAAGUAUAUUCAGAUUGUUACCUCGUGAAUCCCGAUCGGCCAUCAUGAGGAUGUUGGCUGUUGAACCUGCUAUCCGAUGUACCCUUUCGGAUUUACUCGUUGGAAGAGGUAAAGACGAUAUGAUGUGUUCGUGUGGAUCACCUGAAUGUUCUGGAUCCAUCUUACCCCCUCCUAAAGAAAUUACCGGUUUGUCCAAUGAUGAGCUUGAUGACGGUGAUGAAUGGGUGAAGAAUAUCGAAUGCUGUAGUCACCAGCAUCACUUACAGGGUAAACCGGCGGGACAUAGUCAUAUCAAGGUUGUACCAGAGGAGAAACCAAAGAAGAAAUUGUUCCAUUAG